AUCGCAAAGCCCUCUGAGCUAUUAGUGUCCGUACGAUCCUAUAUGAAUGUAUUGCAGAGCAUCGAAAACUAUGUGCACAUUGACAUCACUCGGGUAUUCAACAAUGUUUUGCUACAACAAACUCAGCCGCAGGACAGUCACGGCGACAAAACCAUUGCCACACUCUAUACGAACUGGUAUUUAGAGGUUCUGUUGCGAAGAGUAAGCGCCGGACAUAUCUGUUAUUCGCCGAUUCAAAAGGCGUUCGUCACUCUUAUGAUCGACGGACAGAUUCCGUUCGCCGCCGAAGAGUUCUCUGAUAUCAACGAACUGAGAAGUUUGGCCGAACUUAUCGGUCCCUAUGGUAUGAAAUAUUUGAACGAGAGCCUCAUGUGGCACAUCGCCAGUCAAGUGACAGAACUCAAGAAACUGGUUGUACUGAACAAAGAUGUGUUGGUCGGCCUUCGCUCUAAUUAUGAUAAACCGGAACAAAUGAAAGAGUUGUUUAGAAGACUCCAA